AUGAAUGCAGUUUGCUUCAUACUAGCCUUGUUUUCGCUGGGUUUGAUUUAUCCAGCCAAUGGCGAAAUUGAAAAUAUUUCCGAGUACAGCGGUAAUAUUGAUAAUCUAACUUGCAAGAAGCACUACUCUUCCUGCCAGGAGAUAUAUCCCGAGAAGAGCGGUGUCCAGAAGAUCAAACUGGGCAAAGAUGUCUUCGAUGUCUAUUGCGAUUCGACAAUUGCCGAGGGUUGGACAGUCAUCCAGCGAAGAGUCAAUGACGAAGUGAACUUUUAUCGCAAGUUUUUAUCCUAUGAGAAGGGUUUUGGUAACCUUAACGGAAGCUUCUGGAUCGGACUGGAUAAGCUGAACAGAAUAACAUCGCUGGAGCCACAGGAGUUGUAUAUCCAGCUGGAGGACUUUACUGGAGAGACCCGAUUUGCUCGAUACAGUCUGUUUAAGGUGGGAGACGUUUACAGUGACUACACUCUCAGCUCGCUGGGAGCUUACAGUGGAACCGCCGGAGAUGGUAUGACCUACCAUCUCAACAAUCGGUUUAGCACAUUUGACAGGGAUAACACCAAGAGGUGUGCUGCACUGAGACAUGGAGCUUGGUGGUACGACAACUGCCUACAGAGUAAUUUGAAUGGUGUGUACUUGGGUGGUGCUUAUCAAGAUGAAUAUCUGUCCGCCAAUGGAAUAGUAUGGAAGCAUUGGAGGGGCUUUUAUUAUAGCUAUAAAACUGUACAUAUGAUGGUACGACCAAGAGCAGCCAAUGUCCUAUACUAAAAUACUGGCGUAUUGCACAAAAAUUCUUUCAAUAUUUGCUUUUAUUUAAAAUGAAAUAAAUCUAUAUUACAAAUAAAUGAAAA